UGAUUGAUAGGCCAUGGACCAAUCACUGUCCAGUGGGCGGGGUCGAGUGAGCGUGCUCAGCUGUCUCCCGCCCUCUGUGGGCAGAGAAGUCGCUGUUGCAGUGGUGAAACCCCUGAGAGCUGGCCUGGGAAACCCCGACACCCGAAGCCCGCUGCGCACAGACAGACAGGUUAAGUGGACGAUGGAGGUGCUGUGUUACGGUCUGACUCUCCCAUUGGACGGGGACACCGUCAAACUCUGCGUAGACGUCUACACUGAUUGGCUGAUGGCCCUGGUUUCUCCAAAAGAAUCCAUCCCCCCUCCAAUCAGCAGAGAGCCCGACCUGUACACCCAGAAGAUCCUCCAACACCUGUACAGCCUGUUCCUGUCCAGGUCGGAUCAGGCGAGUCCGGUCUACACAUCUCUCUGCCAGCAGGUGUUGUGUGCAGUUCAGUCUUUGGCCAGAGACAGUGCUGUGAUGAGCAGAAACACCUGGGAGACUCUGCUGAACUUUCUGCUCAGCAUAAACCACACCAUGCUGGUCAGCUGGUCACCUGUCUCCGUCCCUGCAGGUGUCUCUGAGCAGCUGGCCCACCUGUCGAUGGCGGUGCUGUUCGAGGUCUGGCUGCUCUCUUGCUCGCGCUGUUUUCCGUCUCGCUCCCUGUGGCAGACGGGCCGACAGAUGUUGAGCAGCUGCAGACAUCAGGGUGCAGUGGUGGAGCAAUGGAACGGAGUCAUAGCAGCCCUGACCUCCAGGUUGUUGCUCUUGACCUUCGGCCCAUCCUUCCCUCACUUUAAAGUCCAUGAUGAAGACGCUGCGCUGAUCCCCAAAGACAUGGACGAACACCGAGUCCCUCACACCUGGUUCAGGUUCCUGCACCUGCUCGGUAACCCAGUGGAUCUCAGUCGGCCCCUGGUUGUUGGUUUGUCUCCUUCCUCCGAGGAGGCGUCAAGAGCCGACAGUCAGCUGCCAAGCAUCUUCUUCAGGGCCAUGAGAGGAGUCAGCACGCUGAUCGACGCCUUCCUCGGUGUGACUGUGAUCAACAAAGAACCAACUGAGGAGCUUCUGCCAAACACUGGACAUACAACAAGGAUUCCUUUCAGAGACCGGUUGCCUUCUCUCGACGUUUAUUUCCCACCUCACCUCCUCUCACGUGUGGCCGUCACCAGGAGCCCGUUCCGAGACCGCCACCCUCCCCUCGGUAUCUCUCGACCUCGUUCUGGCAGUGCCCCCCCCAUCCCGAUGAAGACACUGAGCGUGCCCAUUGCCCCUCCCUCCGCCACGUCACCGCCUCCACCCAACAAGCGGCUGAAACCCGGGAACGUUUCCAAGGCAACAAGCAAGCCUCUUGCGGCAUCCCGUCCUGUCACCUCCCAACCGCCUCUGUGCUCCUCCCCCAGACCUUCACCGUCCCCACUCAGGUGUAAAUUGGACUCCCUCCUUCACAUCUUUGGUGACUGGCUGUUCGAUGCUGCUCUGUUCAACAGGGAUUGUGGUCAGAACCCCGGUCACGGUGAUGUCAUUGUGACGUCAUCAAGGUGGGCGGCUGGAAGAGCCGAAGCCUGCGGGACACUCUGCCGGAUCUUUGCCUGUAAGAAAACUGCAGAGGACAUCCUCUCCGUCUACCUGUCCAGGUUCUAUAUGGUUCUCCUUCAGGGUCUGCGGGUGACUGAGGAAGGCUGUCCUCUCGUUCUGGCCUCCAUACUGCUGAACUCCACCUGCCUCUUCUGCCGCGACCUAAAAGGACUCAACUUACUGCUUACCCCCUUCAUCUCAGCUGUGGAGAAAGUACUGCUCGACAGAGAGCUGGUGAGGUUUAAGAGUUUUGUGAGUCCGGUGGAUUUGAGGCGAGCCUCCAUCCUGGUCCUUCUGACCAUGCUGCCCAUCCCUCUGCAGUUUGGAACCGUCCGAUCAGAUUUGUUAUUGGACGGGCGGUUAAAUCGUGAUGAUGUCACAGGAGGUAGUUUUCUGUCUCUGAAGCCCCGCCUCAUCGGGGUUCUGAUUGGAGCCCUGCAGACGGAGACCGACACCUCCAACACUCAGAUAAUACUCGCGGCCGUGUUGAACGUGGUUCAGGACUCGGCUCUGUUGAAGGCGGCAGGAGAAACUCAGCAGGAAACUGAGUCCCAGUCGGGUGGAGCCAGUGGACCCAGAUGGACUCGUGGACCUGGUGCAAAUAGGUGGACCCGGGGAACCGCCUUCCAGUCGGACGCAGCAGGGAAUCUGUGGGUUCAGUUUGUGCGUCUGCUGACUCAGCGUCUGACGGCUCAAUGGAGGAAUGACCCAGCAGUUUGUCUCUCUGCACUGGAAGUACUGGGAGGACUGGCUAAGGUGGAGGUGAGUGUGGAAGAGAGCGAGAGGAUGCGAGCAGUCACUUCCGUCUGCUGUUACAUCGUGUUUCAGUGCAGUCGACCUCCUCCGCUUCACUCCAGAGAUCUGCACUCCAUCAUCGUCGCUGCUUUCCACUGUCUGAACGUCUGGUUGACUCAACACCCUGCCAUGCUCGACCACCAGGAGUGUUUGUUGGAGGUCCUGGAGAUAGUGGAAUUGGGAAUAUCGGGCACAAAGUCCAGACAUGAAGAGGAAGCGACGUGUAAAGAGGAGAAAGAACUGAACCCGGCCUCUCUGAGGGUGAAGGAGGCAGCGGAGGCCACACUGACCUGUAUUAUGCAGGUUUCUGGAGCCUUCCCGUUCCUCAGGGGCCUGCUGGGUGAGGACGCGCUGACUGACUGCUCCACGUUGAGCGACUGCAGUGUGAAGAAAUUCCGAUAUUUUGUGGUGGACCGCUCGGUUAUCUUGGCCAUGCUGGAACAACCACAGGGACCUGAACAGGCGCCGUGUCCGUCACUCACAGUGCUGAUCAGAGGACCUUCAGGAGGUCACACCUGGACUCUGCAGCUUCACUUGCAACCCAGAGAGGGAAGAACAGAAACGCAGCAAACUCUGAUCCCAGAACGGCGCAGUGCAGUCCAGGAAGAUGCUGGGAUCCGAUCCGAUGUUGAAUAUCAGCUGUUUCCUGACAGCAUUGACAGAGAUGCUUUGGUUAAAGCAGAUCUGAGUAUUCCAACUCUGCAUGAGAGCGUUACUGAGGAGGUGCAGAUUCAACUGGAGCAUCUGAAAGCAGCACUGAAGAAGCAGCGACAGGUCGAGGCUCGGCCGCAGGUGAGCGGACGCGCUGUUGUCAUGGCGACCUGCAGGCCGCCACCUCCAGCAAACAACUUCCAGACAGCGAGACUCUUCCUGUCCCACCUGGGCCUGCUGACCCCUGAGGCCUUGAAGAGUCUGGGCACCAGUGGUGUCCCAGCUCAGCUGGUGUCUCUGGACCCGUCUCUUCCGGGUUUCUCGGAGGAGCUGAGACAUUUGGACCAGCUGGCGUCCAAAAACUGUGACUCUGCCUUCAUCUUCUACAUGAGAGCGGGACAGAGGACUGCUGCUGAGAUUCUGAGGAAUGUCGAGUCCUGCUGCAGCGUCGAGUCUCACUUCCUGGACUUUCUUUGGUCUCUGGGUCGACCAGCAGAGGUGGGGCGACGACAGCGUGGCAGGUUCAACCCCAACACUUCAGAGUUCCCAGCAGUGCUGGGUGACAGUGGAGGGGGCGUGUUUAACGGAGAGAGGUUCGUCCUGAUGUACACCGACGCCCUGACAGAGAUCCUCUUCAUCGUACCCUCAUCCUCACGCGUGGCCGAUUUGCCGGAGGGACCGACCGGGGUGUCAUCCAACCUUCAGAGUCCUUCUGAACCCAGCAAGGACUCCACCCCGGAACCCACGAGUUCUCCCGUUGAAGACACAAAGUCUUUUUGUUUUGAGUCGUCAUCCGUUGGCUUGGAGUCCAAACUCCUGAUAGUCUGGGUUGAACGCUUUGAGGAUAUUGAGAGCUUCCCUCUAUCAGACCUGCUGUCAGGGACGAAGAAGGAAAACCUGACCAGCGUUUCAAAUGUCCAGCUGAUCUUCAUCCACCCUCUCAAGACGGGACUCUGCCGGAUCCGUUUCCAUGGAAACACGACCGGCAAGUUCAGCUUGGUCGUCCCGUUGGUCGACGGGAGUGUGGUCAGCAAGAGGUCUUUGGGUUUCCUGGUCAGAGAGACCGCGAUCAACUGUUGCCAACGGCGACGGUUGGAGAGUGACUCUGCCCCUCCACCCCAUGUCAGAAGAAAGCACAUGAUCAAUAACAUAAUCCUUCGUUAUCGCAGCCGUCACUCUGAGGCCGCGUUUUACGCCGCCCUGUUCAAAGACCCCUAACCCCCCCCCAGACGCAUCACCUCAACCUUUCUGAACAACCAGCUCUGCUGUUACCAUGGCCAGCUGACCUUUAAUAGACUAUUGACUGAUUCAGAAAUGCCUUGUGUGUUUCUGUAGUUGUCAAUUUGCUAAUCCGCAUCAUCAAUCAGUUUCUGC